GCCCUCCCCCAUGUCGGCGUCACAGCGCACCGCCCAUUGCGUGCGGCCGCGGGAAGUGCCGCCCCCUCUUCUCCAUGAUGGCGGCGCUCCGAGGAGCCGCUGUUCCUCCCGGCGGGGCCCUGUGCGGGGACUACGUGGUGGGGCAGGUGGUCGGCAGCCUCUUUUCGGGCGGGGCGGCGGCGGUUCGGCCCUUGGCGGGGCUGUUUCGCUCCGCCGCCCCGCCGCCCGUGGUGGUGGCCGUGCCCAGGGAAAAUAAGAAACGGAAGCGUACAGAAGCAGAGGGGUUGUCAGAGGGACAGAGCUCGUCUGUCACAGAAGAACCUCCUAAGAAAGUGAAGAAAACCAGGAAGAAGGAGCUUUCAAAAGCAGAGGAGAAGGUGGCAGCGAGGGAGGGUGCUUUAGAACAGGCAGAUGAAGAGGAAGAGCAAAAGCUGUUUGAGAGCAAAGCAAAGCAGAAAAAACGGGCUGCUCGUGCUGUUGCCAAGAGUGAUGGUAAUGCAGGGACGGGCAGAACUGUGAAACAAGGGAAGAAGAAGAAUGAGGCUGAAGAAACGGUGAAGAACAAAAGAACGGUGUUUGUUGGAAAUCUGCCUGUCAGCUUCACUGCUCAGAUGCUGAAGUCUCUUUUUAAAGAAUAUGGAGCAAUAGAAUCCAUUCGGUUCCGUUCCGUGGUUCCAGCAGAAGAUACUGUAUCCAGAAGGUUAGCAGCCAUCAAGCGUAAGAUUCAUCCUAACGCAAAGUACAUUAAUGCUUACGUUGUGUUUAAAGAAGAAAAUGCUGCUGUUAAGGCUCUACAAAAAAACGGAGCAGAAGUCGCUAGUGGAUUUCACAUCAGAGUUGACAGCGCAUCAAAAGACAGUUCGUAUGACAACAAGCGAUCUGUAUUCCUGGGAAAUCUCGCGUAUGACAUCAGUGACAGCGCCGUGCGAGAGCACUUUGCCGACUGCGGAGCUGUAGUGGCGGUGCGAAUUGUGCGCGACAGGCAGAGCGGCAUGGGCAAAGGCUUCGGGUACGUGCUGUUUGAGAACACGGACGCUGUACACCUGGCUCUGAAGCUCAACAACUCGGAGCUGCUGGGCCGAAAGCUGCGUGUGAAACGCUGCGGUGAGAAGGACAAAGCGGCACAGAAGAGCAGCACCAGUGGGUCCGGUGGCCGUAAGGACAAAGCUCAACACACAGCGAAAAGCAAGAGAGGCUCCAAUGAUUCAUUUGUGGGCGAAAAAGCCAAUCCAGCCAAAAAGAGCGCUAAGGCCAAGAGACUGAAAAGUAUUGCUAAAAAGAAAGGGGGGAAAAAGAAAUAGCCUUUUGAACAGCACCCCCGUCUGUGUUACAAAAAGAGAAGUUAGUUCUUUUUAAUAAAGCCUAUGUACAGAAUGGC